GAGUCUUGUUUUAGUGUGUGUUUUGUCUUUCUAUAGACUUUCAGACUGCAGUAUUACUGAAGAAGGUUAUAAAGCUCUGGCUUCAGCUCUGAGAUCAAACCCUUCACACCUGAUAGAGCUGGAUCUCACAGGAAAUGAUCCUGGACAAUCAGGAGUGAAGGAGCUCAGUGAUUUACUACAGGAUGGACUCUGUUCAUUAAAGACCAUCAGGUUUUUGAAAAGUCCUGCUGCAGAGGAAGCGUGUGAGUAUCUCACUGGAGUUCUGGGUAAAAGUCCAUUACUACUGAAAGAACUGGAUCUGAGUGGAGAUAAAUUAGGAGAUCUGGAUGGGGAGAAACUCUCUGCUCUUUUGAUGGACUCUCAUAGCAAACUGGAGAAAAUAAUGCUGAAUAAUUGUGACCUGACAGAGAAAAGCGGUUCAGUUCUAGCUACUGUUCUCUCCUCCAAAACCAUCCUGAAAGAGAUGAACCUGAACAACAGUCGUCUGCUGGACUCAGGAGUCAAAGAGAUCUGUGAGGGACUGAAGAAUCCUGUGUGUGAGCUGAAGAUACUGAAUCUGUGUAGAUGCAGAAUUACAGAGAAACAGUGUCUCAUCCUGACUUCAGCUCUGAAAUCAAACCCAUCACACCUGAAAGAACUGAACCUGAGCAGGAAUAAUCUAGGAGACUCUGGAGUGAAAAACCUCAGUGAUCUACUGAUGAACACACAAUUCAAGCUGGAGAAACUAGAGUUAAGAUGGUGUGAAAUGACAGAUGAAGGUUGUUCUGCUGUGACUUCAGCUCUGAAAUCAAACCCAUCACACCUGAGAGAACUGAACCUGACAGGGAAUAAACUAGGAGACUCUGGAGUGAAAAACCUCAGUGAUCUACUGAUGAACACACAAUUCAAGCUGGAGAAACUAGAUCUGUGUAAUUGCAGUAUUACAGAGAAACAGUGUCUCAUCCUGAAUUCAGCUCUGAAAUCAAACCCAUCACACCUGAGAGAACUGGACCUGAGUCUGAAUCAAAUAAAAAACACAGGAGUGAAUCACUUAUGUGACGUACUGAAGGAUUCACACUGUAAACUGGAGAGAUUGAGUCUUAUUGAAUGUGGAAUUACAGAUGUUUCUUCUUUAACUCAGUCUUUGACAAACACAAAAGCACUGCAGUUUCUAAAAGAGCUUGAUCUGAGUAACAAUAUGAUUGGAGACUCAAAGCAGCAGCUCAUUGAUGUGCUACGAGACUCAAACUGUGAACUGAGUGUAGAUAGAAGACCCAUCACCUGAAGUCCCUGAUAGAGUUCAAUCACAAGAAAUACCUGGGGUUCAAUCACCAAAAGAUGAUAAAUGCUGUAUAUCAUAAUGAAGUCUGUAUAUCAUGGAAGAAGCUCAGAUGAGUCUGUCUGGCUCUUCAGUUUAAUCAUAUUUGUAUUAAAAUUAUCCAUAAUGAUUUAGAUGUUUAAAUGUGUUUGUCAAGUGCAGCACUUUAAUGUUUCAAAAGAUCUAAAGCAAAUCUACAAUGUGAAAUUUCCAUGUUCCUUAAAUGUUCAUGAUCUCUCUUACAUUUUAUACACAUUGUUAGUCUAUUUAAUUUUAUACUAAUUUAGCUAUGUGUCUGUGUUGCUAAUAUACAGAUGCACAAUCACAAAUCCUCUCAUUACAAUAAACAAAGCAGAAACACAAUGUAAAUAAAAGAUGGAUUGUGCAGUUUUGACAGAUUAAUUGAUUAAAACAGGAGUUUUUACACACAGUGAGUUUGUGCUGAACUGACUGACAGCUUCAGUGUUUAUAAAUGCUGUGCCUUUUACCUUUUACUCGCUGUUUGUGUAAUUUGACGCAAUUUAAAAAAAAAUGUUUUUUAGUUUUUUCAAUUACACUUUCAUACAUACGUGUGAAAAAUGACAAAUAUAUUUUACAGUAAAUCUUGUAAUGGUGAUUUCUGGUCACUAU